AUGACUGCGUAUGAGGUGGCGUAUGGCACUCCAAGUUUUGAACGAGCGAUUCUCCAGUUGUCUAGGAUAGUACGAACUUUGGCUGUCGUUCGGGAAGGAGUAGGAGGCGCUGGGCUGGAGAAGGCUCCAGGUAUUUCAACAUUGACUGUACCACCGCUCAACUCGACGAUAGAAGGCUUUAAGUACACGAAGAGGGGCUGUAAAAUGUUGGGUAGGGAGUUGGGUUCUACUGCAGAGGUAGCAUCAAUUCGCAAUGGAAUGCAAAGAGCUUGCGCAUGGGCCCCUAAUCUAUCACAUGAAGGCUCAUCCACGGGGGUCUGUGUUCCCGUGCCAGAUCCUUCGGUUAAUACUUGGGAGAUCUCUGGGGUUUCUCAGCCAAUUAAUCCCUGGCCUUGUGUGAAAGCACCAGUGUCGGACUCGCGCUUAGUUGUUUAA